CCCGUGUCCCGAACCGACCUCACGUGGCGCGCGCAGGGGCAGGGCUCCGCGGGCCCCUCCCGCACGCCACGUGGCGCCACACCGCCGCUUAAUCGUCCUGCCCUUCUCCUAGUCGCGUUUAAUUUAAUUAAAUUAAUAUAACCGCACAAGUGCUCGUGGCUUGGCUGUUAAGGUUAAUCGCUGUGCUCGUGCCGGGCACGCGGAUGCUCAGCCCAGAGAGACAGCGACCGACCGAUCGACCGGCCCCCGCGACGCCACGCCACGCCACGCGCGGAUAAAUUCCUUUGCCCCUGCCGCCCCCCGCCCACUGCCUGCCGACUGCGAGCGCGAGAGAGAGAGCCAGGUGGAGGAGGCGGAGGCCGGGGUGGUGUGGGGGAGGACAACACAGGCACGCGCGCGCGAGGGGCCACCACGGCGAGCCCCACCACCGGGCGGCUCGGUUGGGUUGCGAAGACGGAGGACAUGAUGGAUCACCUGAGCCUGGUGCCAUACUACGAUGGGGCCGGCAGCGGCGGCGGCGGGGGCGCCGACGCGGGGGGCGGUGGCAAGUACAAGGAGUGCAUGCGCAACCACGCCGCGGCCAUGGGGGGCCAAGCCUUCGACGGCUGCGGCGAGUACAUGGCGUCCUCCCCCGACUCGCUCAAGUGCGCCGCGUGCGGGUGCCACCGCAGCUUCCACCGCCGCGCCGCCGCGUUCGCGCCACCGGGCUCGUCGUGCGCGCCGCCCGUCUUCUUCCGCCCGCCGCCGCCGCCGCUAGCGCUGCCCGCGCCACCAGGGCCGCCGUCCCCGCCGCAGCAGCACUUCCACCACCACCCCCACCACCAGCACCAGCAGCAGCAUGCCACGGCCGCCGCGCUGCAGGCCUUGUUCCCGUCGGUGCCGGUGCCGCCGCCGCACCUCGCGCUGCCGUACCACGCCGUGCCCAACGCCGCCGUCGCCGCGCCCCCACCGUGGCUCGUGCGCUCCGGCUCCGAGACGCCGCCGCGCCAGCUGGACGACUUCGGCGUCGGCUUCGUACCUGGCAGCGGCGGGGGCGGCGGCGGCACCGGCAGCGGCAGCUUCGGGCGGAAGCGGUUCCGGACCAAGUUCACCCCGGAGCAGAAGGAGCGGAUGCGCGAGUUCGCGGAGAAACAAGGGUGGCGCAUCCAGCGGAACGACGACGGCGCCCUGGACCGCUUCUGCGACGAGAUCGGGGUCAAGCGCCAGGUGCUCAAGGUGUGGAUGCACAACCACAAGAACCAGCUCGCCUCCAACUCCCCCACCUCCGCCGUUGCCGUUGCCGCUGCCGCGGCCGCCGCCGCGGGCAUCGGCAUCGGCAUGACCCCCGCUGCCGGCACUGGAACCGGCGGCGUUGGCAUCACCGGCGACGGAGACGACGAGGACACCGACGACUCCCCGCCCCGCGCCGCCGUCUCCUCCCCCUCCCCGUCCCCGAUCAGCGUCUAGCCACCACCCCGCCGCCGACCCAAGGCACUUCCCCACUCUCCAGUCUCCUCCGCGCGCUAAUGCGCUCCUCCUUUUAAUCACUAGUAGGGUUUAGUAGCAAUUAAUCAGCUCUAGGUAACCGUCAGGCCUUCACUAGCUACGUACUACUACUGCUCCUAGAAGUAGAACCUUCUGUUGCCAUGUUAACCUCCUUGCCUCCCGUGACGCGGCCGUGCCACGGAGGGUCAUAUCUGUCAUUUUCAUUCUCCAGUCUUAUGAUUAGGCUCAGCUUGUAGCUGCACUACUGUCUCCUACUAAUCUCGUACUACUACCUUUAUUAUUAUCAGUGACUUAAUGAUGAUUUCAGUAUU